CAGCCUCAAUUUUGUCUUAUCCAAGCAACAAAUGCUGAAUACAUCAAUCUUUUAGACCUUCCUCCUCUCCAAUCGAACGUAUUUUUCUUCUAAAUCAUCCAAAUUGAGAGCGUUAUCCAUUUCUUGCCUAAGUUGCCUGCAGCAUAGAUAUUAUGCCUGCAGCCUUCUAUCAGGAGGAUUGCACAUGAUCACACGUGGGUAUAACCUUAUUUUUGCGCAUGCGCCAGAGCAAAUGCAAUCAAAAUAGCGGGAAUCUGGGAGGCGGGAACUUAAACCACGUGUAUGUACUAAAGUAAAGUGUAAACUCACUAAACUGUAAAAUAAUGAGUGUGUCCCCAUCGGCAAAGAGAAGGCGGACAGGUGUUAUUGAGCCUCCAAAGCUGUCUGAAAUACUUUCCCUUGAGUCAGGAGAGGAGGGCAUGGAAGGGACUGAGAUAGCAGCAAUGUUGCGUGAUGCUGGAUUCAAUGAGGACAUUCAAACUGCCUUUAAAGUUAAUAAAAUAAAACGUCAUCAUUUAUACAGUAUGACACAUUCUACACUGGCACAGAUGGGAAUAAAUGCUGUUGGUGAUCAAAUAGAUAUUAUUGAAUGGAUAUCGUCUUUACCACCACCUGCGAAUGAGAAGGUAUUUAACGAUCCUAUUCACGGCCAUUUUGAUCUUCAUCCACUUUUGGUGUCCAUUAUUGAUACAAGACAGUUCCAGAGACUACGUUAUAUAAAGCAGCUAGGUGGCAGUUAUUAUGUAUUCCCAGGAGCAGCUCACAACAGGUUUGAGCAUAGCUUAGGAGUGAGUCAUUUAGCUGGCGAAUUUGUUGAGAGUCUUCAAAGGCGUCAACCAGAGCUGUCAAUAACUCCAGUUGAUAUACUGUGUGUGAAGAUAGCUGGACUCUGUCAUGAUAUUGGCCAUGGUCCUUUCUCUCACAUGUUUGAUUUACAUUUUAUACCAAAAGUACCAGGAACUCCAAAAUGGAAACAUGAAAGAGGCUCUGUUGAUAUGCUUGAUCACCUCAUUGCUGCUAACAAACUUUGGCCAGCUUUUACAAGACACGGUCUAACUGAGGUAGACCUCAUCUUCAUUAAGGAGCUCAUAGUUGGACCUUUAAAAGAAGAAGAAGAAGAUGACAAGGAUAGAGAAGGAAAGGAAGAAGGAGAGAGUUCAUGGCCGUAUAAAGGUAGAAGCAUAGAGAAAAGCUUCCUUUAUGAAAUUGUAGCUAAUAAGAGGAAUGGUGUUGAUGUUGAUAAAUGGGACUAUUUUGCCAGAGAUUGUCACUGUCUCGGUAUCCCAAACAGCUUUGACUCGCGGAGGUACAUGAAGUUUGCACGAGUCAUUAAAGUUGAUGGAGUGUAUCAGAUAUGCUGUAGAGAUAAAGAGGUUGGUAAUUUGUAUGAAAUGUUUCACACUCGCAAUGCUCUUCACAGAAGGGCAUAUCAACACAAGACUUCACAGGCAGUUGAAAUCAUGUUAACUGAAGCACUGCUUGCUGCUAAUGACCACCUACUGAUACCAGGAAAGGAUGGGUCUUUAGUUAGAAUGUCUGAUGCUGUCAAUGAUAUGGUUGCUUAUACCAAUCUCAAUGACUCCAUUAUGCAUGUCAUCAUGACCUCUCCUAACCCUAAACUUCAACAGGCUCAGGCUUUGUUAUGUAGAGUAGAAGAAAGGCAGUUGUACAAAUGCAUAGGACAGACACAACCAUCCACUGAUAUUGCUGGUUCUAAUGAGGAGAUUAAGGAUCAGAUAUUAGACUCAAGACCAGAUUGUGGCCUAACCGAAUCUGACCUUCACGUUAAAAUUGUUACAUUUGAUUAUGGCAUGAAGGAGCGCAAUCCAAUAGAUCAGAUGAGAUUUUAUGUUAAGCAUAAGCCGAAUAGAGCCUUUAAAGUCCGUAGGAAUCAAGUCUCUCAGAUGCUCCCUGCCACUUUUGUUGAGAAGAGCAUUCGAGUAUAUUGCAAAAAAAUAGAUGCUGAUAGCCUGGAGCUUGCAAAAAAGUGUUUUGUGACUUGGUGCAAUAAGCAAAACCAUCUCAUGACGCCAAAGGGAGAAAUCUCAGUUGAAGGAUUUUGUAAUGACGAACAUGACUUCACUCCUUAUGGUACUCCAUUUGGUACACCUGCUAAAGGACCCUCGUCACCAACAAGAGAUCAGCAGAACCUCCUCUCAGAUACUAAAAAGAAACUGAGUUUCCUGAUCGAGAAGAAAUAAUGAUUUUAAUACUGACAUGCCUUGAUACAUUUAUUACCUGCUUUGUGUUGAGUUUCAUUUCUCUAAAAUAAUGUAUUGUGUUUUUUAUUACGCUUAUUUUUCCAAAUAAAA